CUCGACUAUGACGUUCGACUCAGUGAUGCAAUCAAGAGGAAAGUGCUGACGACAUAGCGCGAAAUAACAGCAGCCCUUCUGAUGUAGUUUGAAUAUCGAAAUCAGAAAGAGGGCCAACUUACGUACAAUGUGACGGCUCGUAAAUAUCGAUGUCAGACGGGAGGGAUAGCUGCACCUGGCGCGGAUGAACACGUGAGGACUUGCUGAUGGACGGAUGGACAUCGCGUCAUAAAAAUGAGGCGAGCGUCGUUUGGCUUUUACGAUACAUGUCUUUUCCCCUCCAUUUCACAGCGUUCCUCCCUCUUUUUGUCUCUCCUCCUCCGCUCCCUCUCUCAUUUUAACCGGCAAAACACACACACAUACACACGCGCGCACACGCACACUCUUUCUGUCAUACCCGGGGAAUAAAGGCGGAGGAUUGACUUAAACACCGACGCUGCCUUCCUGGAUGCCUUCUUAUCAAACACGGUUGCUGUCUUGGCUCAAGUGACAGAAGUGUGUGCUUGGCGAGCGUCGUAGAGGCCAGGAGUCCUCCCAGACAACAGGGGGCAGCGGCAGACAUGCAGGGAUCAACCUUGGAUGGCAAAAUGGCCAAACAGGAGCAGAAUUCCAAGCUUCUAGAUGAAGUCAAAGGAAGCGAUGACACGUCUGAGAAGACAUCCCCAAACAAGAACCUCAAAUCACCACAGAAAAGCUCCAAGCGACUUAAAACAACAGCGUUUAAAGUAGCGCUGCUGGAUUUGUCUGAUUUCAAAGGAGACAUUGAGAAACACUCGAAAGGACAGACGCUGAUAGACGUGGUGUGUGAGCACCUCAAUUUGCUGGAGAAGGACUACUUUGGCCUGACCUUUGCAGACACAGACACCCAAAAGAACUGGUUGGACCCCUCCAAGGAAAUCAAGAAACAGAUGCGCAACUGUCUCUGGCACUUUGCCUUUGCUGUCAAGUUCUACCCUCCAGACCCCUCUCAACUCACUGAAGAUAUUACCAGAUACUACCUAUGUCUGCAGCUGAGGGAUGACAUGCUGUCAGGUCGACUGCCGUGCUCGUUCGUCACCCACGCCCUACUGGGUUCCUAUACGGUUCAAGCGGAGCUCGGCGACCAUGAUCAGGACGAGCAUGGCUCUGACUAUGUCAGCGAUUUCCAUUUUGCACCCAAUCAAACUCGCGAACUGGAGGAGAGAGUGAUGGAGCUCCAUCGAAGCUACAAGGGUAUGACUCCAGCAGAGGCUGAAAUUAACUUCCUGGAGAAUGCAAAGAAGUUGUCCAUGUAUGGGGUGGACCUGCACCAUGCUAAGGUUUGCAUUGACUUAGAAAGACCAGCGGGGUUUUUUUCAGUUGUGCAAAAAUCAUUUUUGACUUUUUCUGUGUCAUUUCUGCUACAGGAUUCGGAAGGGAUCGACAUUAUGUUGGGUGUCUGCGCCAACGGCCUGCUGGUGUACCGUGAUAGGCUGAGGAUCAACCGCUUUGCUUGGCCAAAGAUCCUUAAGAUCUCCUACAAGAGGAGCAACUUUUACAUUAAGAUACGACCUGGAGAGUAUGAGCAGUUUGAAAGCACUAUUGGUUUUAAGCUUCCCAACCACAGAGCUGCCAAAAGGCUGUGGAAAGUCUGCAUUGAGCAUCACACCUUCUUCCGGUUGGUUUCUCCAGAGCCUCCUCCCAAGGGCUUCUUGGUAAUGGGCUCAAAGUUCCGAUACAGUGGAAGAACGCAGGCUCAAACCAGACAGGCCAGUGCUCUCAUAGACAGGCCCGCUCCACACUUUGAACGAUCCACCAGCAAAAGAUACCUGCUCUCUAGAAGUUUGGAUGGAGCAGAGUUCUCCCGGCCGGUGUCAGCCAUGUGUGAGAAUCACGAUGGCCUCUUCCACCACAGCGUGAGUGAACAGCGUCAUCUCCACAGCCCAUCUGUGGAUGAGCAGGAGACUGAGCUGGAGCCCAGUUUGGAACAAGACGAGGAGGAUUUGGACCAGGAGCAGGGCCAGGAGACUGAAAGGGACGAAAACCAGAACGGAAAUGUUACUCCGAGCAAGAAGAAAGAAAUUAUGGAUGAGGCUGGAUCACCAGCGGGCAUUAAACAGGAGCUGUGUCAAUUGGAGCAGGACGCCACUCCCCGGCAAAAACAGGAGUUUCUGGAUAAGUCGCAGGAUGUCUUGCUAAAGCACCAAGCCAGUAUCAAUGAGCUGAAACGAGCCCUGAGGGAGCCCAACAGCAAGCUGAUGAGCCGUGAGAAGCGUCUGUCAGCAACCUCGCCACCCGGCACACCGGAUAAAAAAGCUUUGGGGGGCCGAGCAGUGGCAGCAGACCCCAUUAACAGCCUGUCUGUUGAGGGGUUCAUCCAGAAGAAUCUGGCGACUUCACCUGAGGGCUCUGAGGAGUGGGUAUUGAUUGAAAAACAACACCAUGACUGGAAAGUGAAAGAAAAUAACUCUCCCACAUCUGAUUUCUCCUGGGAGAAAAAACAACAGGAAAAAGUGAUACACAAUGCCAAGAUGAUGCAUAUUGAGGUGACAGGGUCUGACAGAAAAGAAAUGAAAAGCCACAUUGAUGAAUUUCCAUCAACAAAAUCAGCCAGAGAGGCAGCUAUGUUUUCUGAGCAGUGGCCCACUAGCAAAGGUCGUUUUGAGAUUCAAUUAUUGGCAAAUGCGGACUUGUCUCAAGACAAAUCUCCAAGAAAACCAUCUGAAGCCCCAAGCUCUGUGCCAAAGGACAAUGUGUCCGUGGUCUCACACCAGAUGAAGGAAUAUAUGGCUUCAAAGCCGAGAAAAAAGAGGAGACCCCAGAGCCUAAACAUAGGAAUGCCUCCAGAGCUUGUCUCUGGGAAAGGGGAAAGCGAUUCUACUGCAGAGGAAAACGAGGACUCAGAUGAUAAUACAGAAAAACCAUCUGAAACAGGAUAUUAUUGUCAAUCAGCAGCAAUGGAGUUGGUGAAAGUUAAUCGGGAACCAGAAAAGAGUGAGGCCUUCAGGGCCUAUGAAGACAGCAAGGAGAACAAAGUGGCAGGAGAAUGGCAGGAAGUUUUCCAUCAAGAUGCAGAACAACUUAGGAAGCCAGAACCGGUUGGCCCAGCAGAAAUAAAUGGACCAGGCAAAGUAGACCAUGAUAUCUCAUUUUCAAGUGUAAAAGGGGAGGGCGUAAUUAAGAUAAGGGGAAAGGGCUUUAUUGACAAUAAAGAGCUAGCAGAGGUAAAACUGCGACAGGUCAGGACGCAUGAGAGAAAGAUAAGUACUUCUGGAGCAGAGGAUAUUGAAGGUCUUCUGGGAGACAGACGUCAGAGGACGUCUCUCCACCGGUUGUCAGGCGGCCAUCAGUCAGAAAUAACCAGGAUUGUUCCUCUCAAGCCAGAGCGGUCAAAGAGCAUAGCAUGUAAGGAUGACAGGGACAAGACCGGACAGGCUGAGCUAACACGCAGUGUAAGAAGAGAAUACCGCUGGUCGGUUGGCUCUCCAGAGGGAACCUCAGACCUCAACUGGACUGACAUCUCUACGCUCCAUCCAGCAUUUGAAACCGAUAUGGAGAGCAUCACUAAGCAAGAGCAUUCGGAUGAAAGCUAUCAGUCCUCAGAAAGUCACAUCUUUGCCUCGAAGAACUCAUCACUUCCCAAAACGAUACCUCCAGCCCCACCAGUGAAAACCCAGAAGGCCAGAGAAUCGGGACUCAUACUACGCAACAGCCGGAAUGUGGUCAGAGAGCCGAGCCUGGAAGCAGUCAAGAAGAGACAUUCGGAGCCAGUCCCUGCUCCCUUUGUUUGUGAUGAGCCAUUCACUGAUUCCAAGAAGGAGCUCAGUGACAACAAGCCCCAGGCAAUUGUAACUCGUGAGGAGGAACCGGAGCGGGACAACUCGGGCUGCAUUAGACAGCCCCAUUUGGGCAUUGAACGCAAGUGUUCCAGCAUGACGGUCAGCUCCACAUCGAGCUUAGAGGCUGAGGUCGACUUCACGGUCAUCACAGACCUCCAUCCCUGCAUGGACGACAUAGCUGAAGGCUUGUCCGAUUCAGGAGCGAAGGAGAGGCAGCCCGAGGUGGCACGGGAGGACUUUGAGGAAACAUCCAGGUUCUACUCUGCAUGUCUCAUGGGCUCAAGGGACAAAUCUCCCAUAGAGAAACUUCCUGAAGAGGGACUGUAUCAUGAGCCCCCCGUGGCAAAGAGAGACGCCAGUGCUGUGAGCAUGGCCCAGAUGCUUAAAAGGGCCGACUCCAAGACAGAGUCUCACACUAAUGGAUCAGAGGUUCAAAUGAAUAUUAUCAACGUCUCACCACAGCUGUCCUUCACACAAGAGGCCCGAGUCAGCCUUAAAGAAAAUGCAUCACCUAUUAAAGCCAGUGUCCAAGGUAAAGAGCUCAUUGUGUCCCCACUGAGCAUCACUGCUGAAAGUGUCACCACUGCAACCACAACUCAAGUUACCAAGACGGUAAAAGGAGGCUACUCAGAGACCAGAAUUGAGAAAAGGAUUAUCAUCACAGGAGAUGAUGAUGUAGAUCAACAUCAGGCUCUUGCCAUGGCGAUCCAAGAGGCCAAGCAGCAGCAUCCUGACAUGCUGGUGACAAAAGCAGUUGUUAUUAGGGAGACAGAGUCUCCCACUGAGGAACUACAGAAGUCCUGAUUGGCCGUGGUGGCUCCUGAAGCGGGGGACAUGAGAGGAUCCUCUCCCGGUGCAGCAUGCCACCAAUCUGAUAAGAGGACUUUGUACUCCUAAGACUACUAACUGACAGAACAGACUGUGAGCCACGAUGCAGUAGAUCGCCUCCUCUGUCCUUGGAGACAAACCGAUUGUGACUCUGCUCCGACUCUGACCCUGAUCCGGACUCCCGUUCCUGUCAAAGCCUAUAUCAGCCCUGAUUGGUCAGGGAGGAUCAUCUAAUGGAGGAUUAUUUGGUUAGAGGGUUUGGCAACAGUUUCUUCAGUUAGAUUGAUUGUAUUUGUACUUUACAGCCGAUCCCCUUUGCCCCAUUAACAUUUAUUUACAGAUGACUUCUUCCUAUAUUACAAUCAUCUUCCCUGCACCAUUCUCUCAGAGUACAUGAAAUAAAUAACAUAUACGUAAAGGAAAUGGAUUGGAUCAAAGAAGGGGCGCAAUGCUGAUACAGGUUUCACCAUGUAAACACCCUUCGGUUAAUGGCACCUUUAGCAGUCUGACAAACUUUUUACAUUUUUAUCUGAAGAACAUCAAACUUCUGUCCAGUGUUUGCCUGAUACGUAAAUCAAUAUACUAUCAGAUUAUUAUAAUCUGCAUCAUUCAAUUACAAAACAGCAGAAGAAAUUAUAUAUAUAUAUAUAUAUAUAUACUUUUUUUUAAAUACACAGAUGGUCUCAUGAAAGAAGAGAGACAUUUUUAUCUUGGGAAAUGAAUUGGUCCACUAUGCAGCACUGACAGCACGAGACAAGCAACUUCCAAAAAACUCCACAGAUCAUUGGACCAAUUUGUGGUGGACUCUUUCGGAUUUUCACGGACUCUGCUGUAAAACUGAGACAUUCGUGAGGGAUUUUACCUUCCAAGCCGUGUUCAACUGAUGAAGAUUACUCUUAUUCCAUUUCUGUCAUCACUAUUACAGCUUUCUUUGAAAUCCUCUGUUUCUGGGGCAGGGGACAAUGAAUUCUAAAUGUUUAAAAUGUUUUAGAAAUGUUUAUGCUCCUGUUUUUUCAUUGUCGUUAAACCUCCUAAUUCUACUUUAUUUGGCUUUCACGAUCCAAUAUGGUUUACAUGCUAUACUUGUUAUACUCUGCUCUUGGGCGUUUCAUUCUUGGGUGUGAACAUGCUUAUAUGCCAAUCUUGUAUCUUUUGUCACUUUGUUAUAGGUGCUGUGUGUAGUGGCAACAUUUGUUAUGCAAUUAACUGAAUUGAAUUCUAGCAAAAAAGCAGUCACGCUCAUUUUGUUCCAUGAAAUGUGUUACUUUCACUGUUAACUUUUGAUUCCAUAUGUUGACCAGAUAGUGACACAAAAGGCUGUAAACAUUACAAUGAUGUGGCAUAUCCUAAAAAGUAUUGUGAACUUGUUAUUCUAUAUUGAAUUAUGACAUUUUCGAGCCCUGUUCCUCAAUCUCAGAAAGAGUAAAUCACUGGGAGUGGCACCUAUUUUGUGACCUUGACAUGCUUGCUGCAUGAAAGUCAACUAUGUGAACCACUACACUACUAACAACCAAAGCUAAAAUAACUCAUUUUUUCAUCUUUCUUUUUAAUCUUUGAGUUUUAUCAGAAACCUUUUUGGAGAACACAUGGAUGCGAGAACGAAGCAAAACAUAAGGGCUGGGGAGCUGAAAGGCACUCAAAUCUGCUGUUGUGUUGGUCAUUUUUGAAGGGAAAAUUGAGUCAUUUAGAAUACCAGACACAUUUGAUAGUGCAGUGAUUCAUACACUGUAUCUGACGUUUGAACACAUUCACAAUUGCCCUGUGAUUGACAUGUGAUGUACCACCAAUAUCCCUUAUAAGCCUGUUUUAUCCCAAUUCCUUUCCAGUGAUUCUCAAAGGACUGCAAUCUAGGGAGCCAACAGCAGCAGUCGCUGCUCGUUGAGAAGAGCGAUAUGUGUUUCCAAAACUCUGUUCAUGAGAUUUGUUACGAGUCACUUUUUAAAAAAAGAAUAUUUAGAGGGAUCUGGUUAAAAAGUCACUAACUUGGCAACACCGAUCUCUCCUGCAUAGUCGUAUUGUCCUCUGGCAGACCAGCUGUGUUAGAAUGCGCAGUUGCAAUGCAUGCAGCUACUGUACAGAGUUGUAUCGACAACCACAGUCCCACUGAAGUCCGACAGUCCCAUUAUAAUGUGUUUAUGAGUGAGGGCCAACUUUAGUUCUGGCAGUCCAAAUACAUGAAUGUAUGGGAAACACUGCUUUUCAUUGUUUUUCCUCUUUCAAGUAUUAUUUAUUGCAGUGCUGAUUGUGAGGACUGCUUUCUCUUCCAGUUUAGCCAAUGCUGAACAUUUGUUGUGUGCAAUAGCAUACUUCUUGGAUGACCUCCCCUACUAUACCUUGCUUGCAUCGCUAUCAUCCACAUGAAUCCCUCUGAUAGAGCUUGAGCCGCGUUGCCGUCGGUGUUAAUCUUGUGCUUCUGGUAAGCGAAGCAGUGGAGCGCGCUGCUUGUGAGAUUCGCAAUAAGCAGACAUUUAUACUUAUCAGCUGUCCUCCAAAAGGGAGAAAACUGUGAACUGUAAUUCUUAUCGAAAUGUAAUAAAAAGCUACAGCACGCAGUCGGCGAUAGAUCAAACUGAACCGACAGCUUGUGAUAUUCUCAUUGUCCAGUCCUUACAUCCUGUCCCACUACUGAGUAGAUAAACAGAAUGUGUAUGAUAUACCGAGCUGCAGCUGCAUGCAGCACUCACGCUAUAGACUGGGGAAUAACUUAGUGUUGGGCACACUACUUAGACUAUGUUGAUGAAGACGUUCCACGCGCCAUGUGCUGAAAUGGAGCCUAGAAGAGCCUUAGCCAUUUAUGAGUAUUCGUAUUUCUGAGUGUUAUCCUGUAGACUGUGCAAGAAAUGUCACAACUAGGAGCUGGGAAUGCCACAUAAAUGUGUCUUAUAAUUGGAGUGCAGGAGCCAGAGCUCCUGUGCUGAUGAUCACAAGGCAUACACACACAAUAACGGCUUAGUUCACACUGCCUUGAAAGUGUAUAGCUGUCUGGGAAGGAUGUGACCAUAAACACAUCUAAGUUAGUUCAGUAAGUUCAGAAAUAUAUCGGUACAGUUCAAGUACAAACCAGCAUAAGUACAGAUAAUGGAAAUACGCUUUGUUCUGCCCGAAGCAUUAAACAGAAUUCACCUUCAAUUCUACACUGCUUUUGUAAUACAUUGCAUGGUGGUGUGUAUGUGCUGUAUAUGCUUCCAUUCUACAAUGAAAACAUACAUGCAUAAAUAAAUGUCUCAAUAUGGUACAAA